AUGCAGAAUGAUGAUAUUGAAACUGAUAUUAACAAGUUAAAGCCCGUUCACGAAUUGGGGCGACCAAUAGAAGAACUGGAAGUAUACAAACAGUUUUUCCCAGAGCUUACAGAAGACUUUCAGACAUAUAACCUUUCUGGAAAAGACCAUGCCAGUGUAUCAAAGGCUGAUAUUCAGCAGCCGGGACCCAUUAUUGUGCCUACAGCAGGAGAAGAGCUGCUAUCAAAAAGAAAAGUGAUUAAAGUUUCUGUUAAAGAAAGUGAUACGCCGGAAAGCCAGCAGAUUCUACCUACUGUUUAUCACAGAGUUGCGCAGGAUCAUAAGCUACCAAUUCUUACAGAUUUGCAAAGUAAAGAGCAAAGUAAAAAUAGUGUGAACUCGCAGUAUUCUAAACAAAAUGGCCAUACUACUACACAAUGCUUGAACAGUGAAAUUGCAAAGGGCUUGGAUGGUAUGUCCUUGCACUGUAAAAAUCCUUCUAAUGAUGUUAAGUGUUGGAACUCGAGACAUGUGAGUGGAGUUGAGAAUAAGCCCAGCUUUUUGACACUGGGGGAUACCUGCAGCAAAACUUGUCAACAGCUCUCUGGUUGUGGAAAGUCAUUAUUUGUUUCAUCAUUUGGCCAGCCUCCAUCUUGGCAACAGGUUGGUUCUCAACUGGGUCAGUUGUGCUGUUCUGGCAUUGACACUGAUGCAGAGGAUGAGUCCUCUGUAAGUUCUGAAGAGCCAGGAAUUUCUGAAUUACCGGAGCCAGGUGUCUUGCAACCACUUCAUGACUCUGACCUUUAUGUUGAAAUUGUUAAAAAGACUAAAUCUGUACCUGAAUACAAUGAAGUAGCAUAUCCUGAUUAUUUUGGACACAUUCCACCUCCAUUCAAGGAACAUCUUAUAGAAAGACCCUAUGGUGUACAAAGAGCAAAAAUAUUCCAAGAUAUUGAGAGACUGAUCCAUGCAAAUGACAUUAUUGACAAAAUUGUAUAUGAUCUUGAUUUUCUUAGCUAUCCAGUACCAGAAGAUGGAGAAACAUUAAGAUUCAACUCACAAUUUGAAUCUGGAAAUCUUCGAAAAGCCAUUCAGAUCAGAAAGUUUGAGUAUGACCUCAUCCUUAAUUCUGACAUAAACAGUAAUCACCACCACCAGUGGUUUUACUUCGAAGUGAGUGGAAUGCGAAAUGCUGUUUCUUAUCGAUUCAACAUUAUCAACUGUGAAAAGUCCAAUAGUCAAUUUAACUAUGGUAUGCAUCCCAUAAUGUAUUCUGUCCAAGAAGCCAUGCUGGGAAGGCCACAAUGGAUUCGAACUGGGACAGAUAUCUGUUAUUACAAGAAUCAUUUUUCCAGAAGUUCAAUAGCAGCUGGGGGUCUAAAAGGAAAAUCUUAUUACACGCUGACAUUUACGAUGAACUUUACCCAUAAAGAUGAUGUGUGCUAUUUUGCUUACCACUAUCCAUAUACAUACUCUACCUUGCAGAUGCACAUCCAAAAACUGGAGACACUGCAUGACCCUCAGCAGAUUUAUUUUCGGCAAGAUUCGAUCUGUGAAACUUUAGGAGGUAACCCUUGCCCUGUACUGACCAUUACUUCCAUGCCAGAGUCCAAGUCCUGGGAAAGUCUAUACCAGUUUAGAAAUCGACCGUACAUUUUCUUAACAUCUCGUGUCCAUCCUGGGGAAAGUAAUUCCAGUUGGGUGAUGAAGGGAACUCUGGAAUUUUUAAUGAGCAACAGCUUGGCAGCUCAAAAUUUGCGGGAUUCUUAUAUUUUCAAAAUUGUCCCCAUGCUGAACCCAGACGGAGUAAUUAACGGAAGUCACCGCUGCUCUUUAAGUGGCGAAGAUCUUAAUCGGCAGUGGUUAACCCCAAAUCCUGAACUGCACCCGACAAUUUACCAUACCAAGGGCUUGCUGCAGUACUUGGCCAGUAUACAACGUAGUCCUCUGGUCUUUUGUGAUUAUCAUGGUCACUCACGGAAGAAAAAUGUCUUCAUGUAUGGGUGCAGUAUAAAGGAGACAGUGUGGCAAACUGACGUUAGUGCUGCUUCUUGUGAUCUGCAGGAAGACCUUGGAUAUCGGACUCUGCCAAAGGUACUGAAUCAAAUUGCUCCAGCGUUCUGCAUGAGCAGCUGUAGUUUUGUGGUGGAGAAGUCCAAGGAAUCCACAGCACGGGUUGUUGUCUGGCGAGAGAUUGGUGUUACAAGGAGCUACACAAUGGAAAGCACGUACUGUGGAUGUGAUCAGGGCAAGUACAAGGGGCAACAGAUGGGGACAAGAGAACUAGAAGAGAUGGGAGCUAAAUUCUGUCUUGGCCUUUUACGCUUGAAGAGGCUGACGUCUGUAGAAUGUAGAUUUCCCCCUGGCCUUCUGGAUGUGGAAAAUGAUCUGAUUGACACCAGAUGCAAUGUCACCAGUCCUACCACUCAAGUCCUUGAUGAAGAUGAACCACGCUGCCUUGAAGAGGUUGAUUACAGUGCUGAGAGCAGCGAUGAGCAAGACAUUGAUCUAAAUGAAACAGCUGACUUUGACACCCAAUACUUUGACCCAAGUACACAGGAGGAGCAACUCUCCGAUUCUGACAUCCCAAAGACAGACUUCUUUCUCUAAGUUAUAAAUCACCAAAGAGGCUGGAAAAUAAGUCUGAUAUCCUAUAACCAAUUAAAAAAAUCAGGGUUAAAAUAGUCUGCUUUGAGUAAGAGCUAGCUCACUCAGACAUAUUGGCUAAAUUAAUAAUAAAUAUACUGCUGGUAAGACUGGAAAAUUCAACUCUGUGUUAUUGACUUCAAGUGCAUUUGUACAAGUCAGGAUAGAAUCCUCUGCUGUUUUUAUUUUCUCUGGAUGCAGUUGCAUGGCUGAAGGUUUGUUCCCACUGAUUUUGUAUGCGAUUUUACUUUUCACUGUUAGUCUGUAUGCACAGAUUGUUCUCAAGAUAUGUACCAGUGAUUCUUUGAGGGCAAAUAGUAGUUUGUGGAGAAGUUGGUAUUGGCUUGUCUGUUCAAACUUCAAAUGACAUCUGUAUUUAUUUCACCAACUUUCAUUUUAGUUGUGUCAGACAGUGUUCCAGGAUCGCUUGAUGAGAAAUACGCUGCUUCAGCUACAAUGUUCAAAUAUUGAGAAUUAUAUUGUUAUUGUUACAUAGAAUUGAUCUGUCUUGAAAUGUAUCCAUCCUGCUGCUGAAAGAAUAUAAGUUGCACCUUGCUGUGGAUUAUAUAAAAGGUAAAAGCUGGCUGUUACUGUAUUUAAAUUUAUUGCCAACAUUACCAUACAAUGUUGACACUAUGUACAGCGAAUUGUUAGCUUGUCAUGAAUAAUGAAAUGAUGUAAUUUUGAUUUUCAGACUACAAAUUAAAGAAUUGUAUUGUGGUAGUAAAUUUGCAUACACCUGUCAGUAUUGUUUCUAUUUUUGUGCCUAAAAUGCUAAUAAACUAAAAGCUUUAAA